CUCAGAGCAUCGGAGACUGCUGGGUCCUGCCUCCCCCCGGCCUCCUCGCUCCCGCCCAGCAGCCCACCCUGUCCAUCCGUCUGUCCGAGUGGCUCACCUGCUCCAGGCCGGCGUGGCUGGACACUGUCCUUCCCCCCCAUCAUGGCAGUCUACCGCCUGUGUGUGACCACGGGUUCCUACCUGAAGGCUGGCACACUGGACAACAUCUCUGCCACACUGGUGGGCACGUGUGGUGAGAGCCCCAAGCAGCGGCUGGACAGAGCGGGCAGAGACUUCGCCACCGGAUCGGUGCAGAAGUACAAGGUGCGCUGCCCAGCAGAGCUGGGCGAACUCUUGCUGCUGCGUCUACACAAGGAGCGCUUCGCUUUCUUCCGGAAGGACCCCUGGUACUGCAGCCACGUCACUGUCACUGCCCCAGAUGGCACUGUCACCCACUUUCCCUGCUAUCAGUGGAUUGAGGGCUACUGCACCGUGGAGCUGCGUCCAGGAGCAGCUAGAACUGUUUGUCAGGACACCCUGCCCCUGCUUCUGGAUCACAGAAAGCGUGAGCUCCAGGCCCGACAGGAAUGCUAUCGCUGGAAGAUAUACCACCCUGGCUUCCCUCGCAUGGUGGAUGUUAGCAGCUUUGAGGAGAUGGAAUCAGACAAGAAAUUUACCUUGACCAAGACAAUGCCUUGUGCAGACCAGGGUGACAGCCCCGGGAACCGGUACCUGCCCGGGUUCCCCAUGAAGAUUGACAUCCCGUCCCUGCUCCACAUGGAGCCCAACAUUCGCUACUCAGCCACCAAGACGGCCUCCCUGCUCUUCAACGCCAUCCCCGCGUCCUUGGGCAUGAAGAUUCGGGGGCUGCUGGACCGCAAGGGGUCCUGGAAGAAGCUGGACGACAUUCGGAAUAUCUUCUGGUGUCACAAGACCUUCACUAUAGAGUAUGUCACAGAGCACUGGUGUGAGGACAACUUCUUCGGGUACCAGUACCUGAAUGGCGUCAACCCUGUCAUGCUCCAUUGCCUCUCCAGCUUGCCAAGCAAGCUGCCCGUCACCAAUGACAUGGUGGCCCCCUUGCUGGGACCAGACACCUGUCUGCAGACAGAGCUAGAGAGGGGCAACAUCUUCCUGGCCGACUACUGGAUGCUGGCCGACGCCCCGGUCCACUGUUUAAACGGCCGCCAGCAAUACGUGGCCGCCCCGCUCUGCCUGCUGUGGCUCAACCCCCAGGGGGCGCUGCUGCCGCUGGCCAUCCAGCUCAGCCAGACCCCCGGGCCCGAGAGCCCCAUCUUUCUGCCCACCGACUCCGAGUGGGACUGGCUGCUGGCCAAGACAUGGGUGCGCAACUCGGAGUUCUUGAUACACGAGAACAACACGCACUUUUUGUGCACGCAUUUGCUGUGCGAGGCCUUCUCCAUGGCCACCCUGCGUCAGCUGCCGCUCUGCCAUCCUGUCUUCAAGCUCCUGCUUCCCCACACUCGCUACACGCUGCAGGUGAACACCAUCGCCAGGGCCACGCUGCUCAACCCAGAGGGCCUCGUGGACCAGGUCACAUCCAUCGGGAGGCGAGGCCUCCUCUACCUCAUGAGGACGGGUCUGGCCCACUUCACCUACACCAAUUUCUGCCUUCCGGAUAGCCUGCGGGCCCGUGGUGUCCUAAGUAUUCCCAACUACUACUACCGAGAUGAUGGCCUGAAGAUCUGGGCAGCCAUUGAGAGCUUUGUCUCCGAAAUCGUGGGCUACUAUUAUCCCAGUGAUGAAUCCGUGCGGCAGGACUUGGAGCUGCAAGCUUGGGUCGGCGAGAUUUUCACUCAGGCGUUCCUGGGCAGGGAGAGCUCAGGAUUCCCAAGCAGGCUGUGCACCCCGGGACAGCUGGUGAAGUACCUUACUGCAAUCAUCUUUAACUGCUCUGCCCAGCACGCGGCUGUCAAUAGUGGGCAGCACGACUUCGGGGCCUGGAUGCCCAAUGCCCCCUCAUCCAUGAGACAGCCCCCACCUCAGAACAAGGGGACCACGACCCUGCAGAGUUACUUGGAAACCCUGCCGGAAGUGAACACCACCUGCAACAACCUUCUCCUCUUCUGGCUGGUCAGCCAGGAGCCCAAGGACCAGAGGCCUCUGGGCACCUACCCAGACCAACACUUCACGGAGGAGGCGCCACAGCGCAGCAUCGCCGCCUUCCAGAACAGAUUGGCCCAGAUCUCCAGGGACAUCCGGGAGCGGAACCAGGGCCUGGAACUGCCUUACACCUACCUGGACCCUCCCCUCAUCGAGAACAGCGUGUCCAUCUGACCUCUGCCGCAGACCGAGGGGCCAGGCACGAAGAAAGCCAGCGUACCAGAUGCUUCCUCCUCCCUACCCUCCGCCUAGGUCUUCCUCUCCACCUGUGGGGACUUUUCCCAACCAAGCUGUCUAGCUGUGCCCGAGCUGUGGGGGACCGGCCCAGCAGUAUCCCAGGCGAAAGCCAUGGCUGAGGUCAUAUGCACAGUAGACCGCUGGAAAGAGGAAGGAGCCCCCACAUCUCUGCCCCGCUUUGGGCAGCCUCGGGUUCCAGCCUCUUGUGGGAAUCCACCUCCUCCCGUUGGGAUGCCCAGCCCAGCCCUGCUGUCCUCCAGUCCUCCCCAUCCCUUCCAUGUCAUGCUGAGUCUCCCGCCCUCCAAGCCGAGGACCACCCAACCCAGCUUCCCUCUGCAGAAGAGCCUGGGACUGGGCAAGGAGGGCCGUGAGCCUGGACCCAGCAGGUCCCCUUUGCCCUUAGAACCUUUAAGGUACCCAAGCCCAGCUCUCCUGGACGUCCAGCUAAGGUUCCUGGGCCGCGCCCUCUGGCCUCUGCGUGGAUGUGGUCUCUGUCCAGCCUUGUCCUACCCUAUUCUCACCUCGUUUUUUUUCCUUUUUGCCUUCAAACAGUGACUUCAGUAAAAGCUGACAUAAGCUUG